CAUGACCUUAUUACAAAUCAACGGGCGAUUCCCAUUCGCUCCAGAGAAACUACGUGGCGUGCUGAAAAAGCAUGGGAUCAAAGUUAAGACGGCGACUCAAGAGGCCGAUGAUGAGUUGGGCAACUUGGGGAGAAAUGGGAAAGCCUUUGCGGUGUUAGCGGAAGAAUCCGACUUUUUAGCUAUGAGCGGCGUGAGGUACAUUCCGUUUAGGGAACUGAGUUUCUAUCAAUACAGUCAGAACCUCGAGCAGAUGAGGAUUCGAGUUAGAGUUUUCUCGUCCGAAAUGGUGGCGGCAUCGCUCGGCCUUGCGGUGGACCAGUUGGUGGACUUGGCAUUACUAUGUGGCAAUGACUUUACGCCCCUAUAGGACAAUGAAUUCCACAUGGCCACAAUG